UACCUCGGCCUCGAACUGGACGGUCGGUGGAGCUUCCGCGCUCACUUCGAAAAAUUGGGCCCUCGGCUGAUGGCGACGGCCGGCUCUCUGAGCCGGCUUCUUCCAAACGUCGGGGGUCCCGAUCAGGUGGCGCGCCGCCUCUACAUGGGGGUGGUGCGGUCGAUGGCACUAUACGGCGCUCCCGUAUGGUGCCACGCCCUGACCCGCGAGAACGUCGCGGCGCUGCGACGUCCGCAGCGCGCGAUCGCGGUCAGGGCGAUCCGAGGAUACCGCACCGUCUCCUUCGAGGCGGCGUGCUUGCUCGCCGGGGCGCCACCCUGGGACCUG